UGUUGUAUUUGUGUGUGUGUUGUGUUGUUGUCUCCCUUUAUGACGAUUCAUGAAAUAAAGUCAAUCAUUGAAUGAGUGCUCAAAACAAUGCAUUUAAUUGAAUGCAUUGAUUGAUAGCAUUGAUUGCGUCCACUAUUAGACUAAUAAUUGAUUAAAUGUUUGUGUAAUUAUAAUGAUUUGCAUACAAGUGUUGAAUACAAUUAAGUGAAUGAUUGCAUAGAUUAACGCCAUUUUGAUAGACAAACCACUGAUGACUGCUUUACAAGACAUUUGAUGACAGGUUUGUCUUUCUUAGUGAAAGAAGUCAUCAAAAGACAAGUGUAAACAAUAAGCAAAACAAUUGUCAAAUCAAUCGUUAGUCUCGAGACUAGUGAUUGAUUCAAACAUUUAUUACAUAUUUUGAUAAAUCGUUACAACUAUUAAUUUAAUUGAUUGAAUCAAAACUAUUAAUAAUUAAUUGCAAACAAUUGAUUUGAUCCCACUUUGGACACCAAAUAGUGCGUCAAUUAUGUCUUCUCCGACAUCGCAGCCAAACGGUGUGAGUCCUUCACAGCGGUUGCAGAACAGUCCGCAGGCAUCGAGUCUACGAAACACAGAUUUAGACCACAUUUGGGUCGAUCUUCAGACUGGCAUUGAACAGGUCUACACCAACAAUGGCGUGAAUAUGUCGAAGAAUCGAUAUAUGGAGUUAUAUACACAUGUCUAUAACUAUUGCACUUCAGUACAUCAAACGACAUCCCGUCCCCCAAAUAUGUCUGGGAAUGUAUUGCAAAGUCUGAAUCCCAAUUUGACUCCAAAUGCUUCCCGAAACAAGAAGGGUAUCACUCAGGGCGGCGCUCAGUUCGUCGGCUUUGAACUCUAUAAAAGACUCAAAGAUUUUCUUGAAAAAUAUUUGAAAGAUUUAUUGCAGAACGGAACAGAUCUUAUGGAUGAAGAAGUUCUACGAUUUUACACAAAACAAUGGGAAGAAUAUCAGUUCUCGAGUAAAGUGUUGAACGGCAUCUGUUCUUAUCUGAAUAGACAUUGGGUUAAGAGAGAGUGCGAUGAAGGCAGACGAGGAAUAUAUGAAAUCUAUCAGUUGGCUUUGGUUUCGUGGAGAAACUGUUUGUUUGAAACACUCAAAGAGCCCGUCACUAACGCUGUUCUUAAGCUUAUUGAAAAAGAAAGAAGUGGUGAAACAAUUAAUACACGACUUGUAAGCGGUGUUAUGAACUGUUAUGUUGAAUUGGGUCUCAAUGAAGAUGAUCCUCAGGCCAGAGGACCCAACUUAACAGUAUAUCAUAAUAAUUUUGAAGUGAAGUUUUUAGACGACACGGAUAGGUUUUACAAGACUGAAAGCAGUCUUUUUCUUGAGAAAAAUCCAGUAACAGAAUACAUGAAGAAAGCAGAACAAAGAUUAUUAGAAGAGAAUAGAAGAGUUCAACUUUAUUUACACGAAACCACUUUGACGUCUUUGGCCAGAACUUGUGAGAAAGUACUCAUUGAAGAACAUUUAGAUAUAUUUCACAAUGAGUUUCAAAGCCUUUUAAAUGACGAUAAAAAUGAAGAUUUAGGCCGUAUGUUUGAAUUGGUCCAGAAAAUACCCAAUGGAUUGACUGAACUUCGCAAUCGACUUGAGUUACAUAUUUGUAGCAAAGGACUCGAUGCCAUCAGUAAGUUGGGUGAGGCCGGACUCAAUGACCCUAAGCUAUAUGUCAACACAACUUUGGACGUCUAUAGCAAAUAUAAAGCUUUAGUAUCCGACGCUUUCAAAGAUGAUCCCGGAUUUAUGGCAUCACUCGAUAGAGCGUGCGGUAAAUUCAUAAACAACAACGCCAUCACCCAAAUGGCCAAAUCGUCGAGCAAAUCACCAGAACUUCUGGCAAAAUACUGUGAUUUACUGCUGAAGAAGACGGCAAAAAUUCCAGAAGAAACCGAAUUGGAAGAAACUCUUAAUCAAGUGAUGAUUGCUUUUAAAUACAUUGAAGAUAAAGAUGUCUUUCAGAAGUUUUAUAGUAAAAUGUUAGCCAAAAGACUAGUUGGACACAUGUCUGCAAGUGAUGAUGCAGAGGCGUCCAUGAUUUCUAAGCUUAAAUCUGCGUGUGGUUUUGAAUAUACAUCAAAAUUGCAGCGAAUGUUUCAAGACAUUGGUGUCAGCAAAGAUCUCAACGAACAGUUUAAGACACAUCUGACUGCUCUCAACUUAAGUGAACGUCUCGAUUUGGACUUCAGUAUUCAAGUGUUAAGUUCUGGUUCGUGGCCUUUCCAACAGUCGUUUACAUUUGCGUUACCACAAGAGUUGGAGCGCAGUGUCCAAAGAUUCACUCAUUUCUAUAGUGGACAACACAGUGGACGCAAAUUGCAUUGGCUGUACCACAUGUCUAAAGGAGAAAUCACUACUAAUUGCUUCAAAAACAAAUACACUCUUCAAGCAUCGACUUUUCAAAUGGCUGUUCUGCUUCAGUACAACAAUGCGGACCAGUUCUCUGUCCAGCAGUUAUUUGAGAGCACACAAAUCAAGAUGGAAACAUUGGUUCAAGUGAUUCAAAUUCUUCUUAAAGCCAAACUUUUGCAAUGCGAAGACCCAAAUGUCAAUGAAGAUGACUCUUCUACACUGAAUCCAAGCACUGUUAUCUCAUUGUUCACUCAAUACAAGAACAAGAAAUUAAGGGUUAAUAUCAAUGUACCGAUGAAAGCGGAUCUCAAACUGGAACAAGAAAAGACUCACAAACACAUUGAAGAAGACCGCAAACUUGUCAUUCAGGCGGCCAUCGUUCGCAUAAUGAAAAUGAGAAAGAAGUUGAAACACCAGCAGUUGUUAGCAGAAGUCUUUAAUCAACUUUCUUCGCGAUUUAAACCAAGUGUUCCCGUCAUUAAGAAAUGUAUUGACAUUCUCAUCGAAAAGGAAUAUUUGGAGAGAGCCGACGGCCAGAAGGAUACUUACAACUAUUUGGCCUAAUAUUUAGGACUAUUAGCAAACAAUUGUUUUUAAAAAGAUAAAGAUUAAUCAAUUGUCAUUUAUAUUAUUAAUCUUAUU